AUGCUAUUUAACUGGGUGCACUCCCUACUAUCAAAUUUCCAAAGAAUGGUUUGUGCGUACUGUCACAGAACACUUCGGCACGCUGAAAGUAUCAAAUGUUGUUUUUGCGAAUCGAAAUACCAUACGAAGUGUAUGAAUGAAACGGCUAAAAGUAUCUGCGAAGGAGGAGAUCGGGGAUAUCAAUGGAAAUGCGCUGUUUGCCAAAAAUCUGCAACAAAACUGUCGAAUGAAGUUCAAAAUUCUAAAGAAAUUAAUAUAGAAAAUACAUUAAACUUAUUAAGCGAAAAGUUUGAACUUGUGAACAAAAUACAACUACCUAAGCUGCAUAAUGAGUUGGCACACGUGAAAUUGGUGACCGAAAGGAUCGAUAAGCAAAACGAGCAGAUUUUGCACGAAAUAGAUGAGAUUAAAACUAAAUUAAAUGGAAUACGUACCGUUAAACAUAAUAAGCAUAGGUACAGAAACGCACAUUUCGAAGAUCGAGUUUCAAAUCGUUUAGAUGAUAAUGAUCAUUUACAAAUGGUGAACAAUACUGAAAAAUCAGUCCGAUAUCGAACUAGGAGAAGAUCUUAUUUGUUGCAUAAUAUGUUACGUCUUCUAAACAGCAGAAACAAAGUACGACGACGACGUUAA